AUGUCUGCGAAGAUUGUUGAAAAUCGUGAUUUUCUAAGCCUGGCUGAGCCUUGGCUUUUGAGUUUUGGUUUAUUGCAAAGCGACAAGAUAGUUGAUACUAAAGUGAUGACGAGGUCACAUACAGUUGGUAAAAUUUCUCAUAUUUUUCAAAAUUUAAGCCCAGCAGGUUCUCUUACUAGUGCUGUGCAUGUAUAUUACGCGAUUUCUAUAGUAAAUAGAUCUUAUUUCUUAAUAUUUGAUUGCAUCUUUGCAAUUGCUUAUACUGUCUUGGUUAUAUACGGAAGCAAUUUUAUAUAUGAUUCUAUUUAUGUCGUCUGCAUGCUGAAACCGAGAACUGCCCAUGGGAUCGAUCCAUAGAUAUCUUAUAUACACUAGAUAGCGCAUCUCUUUUAGUAAAAUUGAAGCCAAGAAUAUUCCAGCGGUUACCCCCAUUUGAAUAGAUGGCGGCCAUGUUGGUCGUUCCCACUUGCUAAUAAACGCUUAAAAACAACAAUAACUUUCAUCAUUUGAAUAGUUUAAAAACGUAUUUGGAGUAGGGUUAACUUAAUGUUUAAGUUCCCUGUUUAAGAAAUAGAAAACAUGCGAAUCUUCUCAUUUCAUGGGAACGACCUGAGACUGCAAUCACGGCUUCAAUUUUUGAAUUGCAGAAUAAUUAGAUGCACUAUCUAGUGUUAGCGUUUACACUGUACCGUUUUCGUAGCGUUCUCGUUUUGUUCGAGAGAACUAGACUAUUGUCUUGCGUUCCCUUGAGGAUUAAGAACAAUACGAGAACGCUACGAAAACGGUACAGUGUAAACGCUGCCUAAGAUAUCUAUGGAUCGAUCAUCUCCCAAACAUGCGUAUCGCAUAACUAUUCUUCACGUCAUGUGUUAAUCACGAAAGCGUAGCAUACAUAACAGAUAAAAAAACUUUGAAAAUGAUUUAUAUACAGGGUGUCCCAAAAAUGCCACCUGAACUGAGGAACGUCUCUGAAAUAAGAGAGCCGCCAUGCAUAUAUAGUAAAAACCCGCGCAUAUAAACUGGUUCUUUAUAUUUCUAUAUUAAGCUACUCAUUAUUAUUAAUUAGGCAAAUUGUCCGAUAACAUGAUCAUAUUUGACCGUCCAUGCAUGUGCAGGGAUUUUAUACCUGAUAAAUAUGCUCUACUUAAUAUAGCCAUCCCAACGGAAAUACGGUUCUAUACAUUAACCCAAUGAAAAUGUUAACUAACAUGAGAUUUUAUAUAAAGGCACAUGUAGUUUAUAUAAAAUCUGAUGUUUGUACAAAGUUGAACUGUAUAUGGACAAUAUGUACGAGGUCUACAUUAAAAUGACUGAGAAAGAUAUCGAUCAAAUACAUACGAAAUUAUGAGGAGAACUGCUAAAUGUCGACCAAUGGUUUAAGAACCAAAAUUCACGUUAGUUCUGAAACCGUUCAAUGUGCACAUUAUUAACACAGCAAACGUAAAACUAAGUAAAUUACACAUCUAUUACUUUGGAAACGUUAGCUCAAAAUGCCUAACCUUAAUUCCUCUUUUUGCUUCAUCAUUAACAACACUUUUGCCAUGGACAUCUCGCUUGAAACGAUCGAAAUAUUGUACACGCAGUAAAUCUUGUAAAUUUUCAUGCAGUAAAUCUUGUGUCUAUGUUAAGCUUUGAACAACAAAGCGGUGACCACGACUAAUUUGCAUGCUGAACCCAAGUCGUUUGGCAGCUAAUUCAACUGUAUUCUGCAGACAAUACAUAUAACAAUGCUCGUGGAAGUCACACUAUUGUAGUCGCGUUUAAAACCAUUUAAAACACUGGUAGUCGUGUUUUGUCCUAUUUGACUAAUUUUAAAUAUGAUAAAACACUCCUACAUAUACAGGGUGUCUCAAAAAAAACCCAAAUCAUUGAAAUAACGUAUUGUUCGAAUUUCAAUGCCGUAACACAAAGGAUUUUGACAGGGUGAUUAAUUUGUUUUAAAAAAUUAAAAUAUCUUUGUAAAGUGAACGUUUGUUUGCUCAUGGGAAUUUAAAAAUGCUUCGUAAAUUCGUGGGUUUAGUACUUUAUGCCUGAGGCCCGUUUCAUACGCCGUACUUCACAUGUGGCGAAUACAUUAAAGACAAUAGGUAAUGAGCUGAAAUGCCUCAUUACCUAUUGUUUUUAAUGUAUUCGGCACAUGUGAAGUACGGCGUAUGAAACGGGCCUGACAUAACAAGUUUACGCUGAGUAUUACCAUUCAUUAUAGCAGUUAUGUCAAUCUUUUAUGCACUCGUGGGAUUAACUUAGUGCUAGGGCAUUGAAUAUCGAACAAUACGUCAAUUUCAAUGAUUUUGGGUUUUUUUGAGACACCCUGUACAGGUGUAUAAAAAAAACGCAACCUCGGAAUUUCCCAUGAAAUCCACAUUGUUUUAAGAACAAAAGGUUUUAGGUGCCUGGGAAUUUAAAAUAGCACAACUGUCAGUGCAUAAAGCAAAAUUCAUGCAUUUAUUUAACAGGAGGCUACUAGCAAUUUGAUAUCAAUUCCCAGGGGCCUAAAAUCUUUUAUGCUUAAGAAUUGCAAAGUGGAUUUCUUAGGAAAUUCCGAGGUUGCUUUUUUUAUAUACACCCUGUAUACGCGUGUUUUAAACAGUACGUCGAAAACAAUUGUCCAUGCAUAAUUUGGUGUUUUAAACAUUUUUUGUUUGCCUAUAAUUAGUAAACUGUUGAUCAGUAUUACACGUCUAAGGUGCUGUUUACAUGAAUCCAGAUUGACUUUCAAUCCAGAUCGAAAUGUCAAGUCAAUCCGUGUUUACAUGGAAAAUGGGUUCGAGAAUUGGAAUUUGCGCGGGUAAGCGCGGGAAGCCAAAUUUCGAUCUGGAUUGAAAUCUCGAUUCGAAAUGAGGUUGAAAGUCAAUCCGGAUUCAUGUAUUAAACAGCACCUAAUAAUUGCUCUUUAAGUGUUAUUGAAUUUCCAAAUACCAAACAACAGAUUAUAUGCUUUUCCAUUUGCAAUGAUAUUAGAUCAAGCAUACAACAGCGAAUACCCGCUUGCCCUUACUUGGAACAUGUAUUCUAGAGGAUAUUUUUUAAAAUAAGUCUUAUUCGUCAGUCUUAAAGAAUCAGUCUUAUUCGUCAGCCUGAAGUGGUUCUUGUAUUUUGGAUGCUUAGCCUGUAUUCUAAAAGCUCACUUACGUUCACACUCAAAGAGUGGAGGUUCAAUCUAAGCUCUCCUUGAGUGUCAAUGUUGUUUUUGAAUAGGUGGAGAGUGAGUUAGUCACAUAGUAAAGUACUAAGGUACGACACUAACACUCCAGCUAUUCAAAACAGCACUGACACUCAAGGGAAGCUCAGAUUGAACCUCCACUCUUAAAUCCUUGCGGUAGUUCAAAAAGCGGAGCCACAUAUAUGUGUUCUCUUAGUCCUAACCAUGCAACCAUGUAUGGUUAUGCUCUCAUUUACAUACACAAAGAACCCGCAUGAACGAACCAGUGGCUAAAGAACAAGCAGUCUCAAUUUUAGGACAUUUACGCUUGUAUUCUAAAAGCUCACUCACACUUACGUAUACGUAGAGGGGGGGAAAGGGGUAUACGUUUCACAACAAAAAAAAACCGUUUCACGAUCCACGUGUCUUAAAAAAGCAAUUUCACGGAAAAAUAGAUUCUAAUAAAAUAAUAAUAAUAGGUUUAUUAAGAGUAUGUUCAAUGCAUGGUACAGUAUCUACGCUUUAUGUUCUCUCAUUUCUCUACCUGUCAGUUAAAAACUACAUCACAUAUAACAAGUUUGAGUGACGAGCAUGUACGACGACCUACGAAAGGCCUCCGAAGCAGCGAUUAUCCUAAGGUGCAGUGAUAACCAAUUUGUGCAGUCGUAAAUGAGAUUUGUGCUAGUGAUCAAUUAGAUUAUGUGUGCAGUGAUAAAAUGCGAUAUUGUUCAGAACCAGAAAUUGGCGACAAAAUGACUGCUGCUUGUAUACUAAUUUGCAUAUAAUCCACAUGCAAUGACUUUCAGUUUUUACUGGGAAUGUACAGGGUGAAAUUAUUUAACUCAAAAUUGUUGCAAUCUGAGAGCUCGUCUAUACUGUUUGCCGACCUCUUGAUCAAUAAAGCAUUCAUGCAUUUACUAAUGUUUCAGUGGUAUAUUUAUUCCGAUCAGGUAUCUCUCCUAGCAGCCAAGUCGUGUUCAAGAAAAUCACUAUUAUGUCAUCUUCGUUAAGCUGCUGCGAGCGAUCUUGUUUUGAGAUUUUUGACAUUGUUUUUUGACAACUGUUUAUAGAUUAAUCUAUUUCAUGCAGAGUGUGAAAGACUAGAUCUUGAGCAAUACUGCAUGGAGGGUGCGAAAGAGUAUUUUCGUGAACCGCGAAUAUUUUUUCGCGUGAAAUGCUUAAUUUUAGUGUCGUGAAAUGUGAUUUGUUCUACAGCCGUGAGGCGUGAUUCUUGAUAAAAAUGCUCCGUGAAAUGAGAAUUAAGGAUGCCUGUUUCGUGAGCUCUGAUUAUUAUAGUGAUUAUUAUAAUAAACAUGAUACGCGAUAAUCAAAUUUAUAUGAUCUCACUCGACUGCACAAGAGUAAAAACUUAGGAGGCCUUGCGCGAGGUUCCUGACGCUGAGGACAAGGUUCCUGGCGGUGAGGACAAGGUUCCUGGCGGUGAGGACAAGGUUCCUGGCGGUGAGGACAAGGUUCCUGGUGGUGAGGACAAGGUUCCUGGCGGUGAGGACCUUGCGCGAGGUUCCUGACGCUGAGGACAAGGUUCCUGGCGGUGAGGACAAGGUUCCUGGCGGUGAGGACAAGGUUCCUGGCGGUGAGGACAAGGUUCCUGGCGGUGAGGACAAGGUUCCUGGUGGUGAGGACAAGGUUCCUGGCGGUGAGGACAAGGUUACUGGCGGUGAGGACAAGAUUACUGGCGGUGAAGACAAGGUUCCUGACGGUGAAGACAAGGUUCCUGACGGUGAGGACAAGGUUCCUGCCGGUGAGGACAAGGUUCCUGGCUGUGAGGACGAGGUUCCUGGCGGUGAGGACAAGGUUCCUGGAGGUGAGGACAAGGUUCCUGGUGGUGAGGAAAAGGUUCCUGGCGGUGACGACAAGGUUCCUGGUGGUGAGGACAAGGUUCCUGGAGGUGAGGACAAGGUUCCUGGCGGUGAGGACAAGGUUCCUGCCGGUGAGGACAAGGUUCCUGGCUGUGAGGACGAGGUUCCUGGUGGUGAGGGCAAGGUUCCUGGAGGUGAGGACAAGGUUCCUGCCCGUGAGGACAAGGUUAUUGGCAGUGAGGACAAGGUUCCUGCCGGUGAGCACAAGGUAUCUGGCGGUGAGGACAAGGUUCCUGGCGGUGAGGACAAGGUUCCUGGCGGUGAGGACAAGGUUCCUGGCGGUGAGGACAAGGUUCCUGGCGGUGAGGACAAGGUUACUAGCGGUGAGGACAAGGUUCUUGGUGAUGAGGACAAGGUUACUAGUGGUGAGGACAAGGUUCCUGGGGUGAGGACAAGGUUCCUGGCGGUGAGGACAAGGUUCCUGGCGGUGACGACGAGGUUCCUGGCGGUGAGGACAAGGUUCCUGGAGGUGAGGACAAGGUUCCUGGCGGUGAGGACAAGGUUCCUGCAGGUGAGGACAAGGUUCCUGGCUGUGAGGACGAGGUUUCUGGUGGUGAGGGGAAGGUUCUUGGAGGUGAGGACAAGGUUCCUGGAGGUGAGGACAAGGUUCCUGGCGGUGAGGACAAGGUUCCUGGCGGUGAGGACAAGGUUCCUGGCGGUGAGGACAAGGUUCCUGGCGGUGAGGACGAGGUUCCUGGUGGUGAGGGCAAGGUUCCUGGAGGUGAGGACAAGGUUCCUGCCGGUGAGGACAAGGUUACUGGCAGUGAGGACAAGGUUCCUGCCGGUGAGGACAAGGUUCUGGCGGUGAGGACAAGGUUCCUGGCGGUGAGGACAAGGUUCCUGGCGGUGAGGACAAGGUUCCUGGCGGUGAGGGCAAGGUUCCUGGAGGUGAGGACAAGGUUCCUGGAGGUGAGGGCAAGGUUCCUGGAGGUGAGGACAAGGUUCCUGGAGGUGAGGACAAGGUUCCUGCCGGUGAGGACAAGGUUACUGGCAGUGAAGACAAGGUUCCUGCCGGUGAGGACAAGGUUCCUGGCGGUGAGGACGAGGUUCCUGGCGGUGAGGGACAAGGUUCCUGGCGGUGAGGACAAGGUUCCUGGCGGUGAGGACAAGGUUCCUGGCGGUGAGGACAAGGUUCCUGGCGGUGAGGACAAGGUUCCUGGCGGUGAGGACAAGGUUCCUGCCGGUGAGGACAAGGUUCCUAACUGUGAGGACGAGGUUCCUGUCGGUGAGGGAAGGUUCCUGGAGGUAAGGACAAGGUUCCUGGAGGAAAGGACAAGGUUCCUGGCGGUGAGGACAAGCUUACUGGCAGUGAGGACAAGGUUCCUGGCGGUGAGAACAAGGCUCCUGGCGGUGAGGACAAGGUUCCUGGCGGUGAGGACAAGGUUCCUGGCGGUGAGGACAAGGUUCCUGGUGGUGAGGACCAAGGCUCCUGGCGGUGAGGACAAGGUUCCUGGCUGUGACGACGAGGUUCCUGGCGGUGAGGACAAGGUUCCUGGCGGUGAGGACAAGGUUCCUGGCGGUGAGGACAAGGUUCCCGGCGGUGAGGACAAGGUUCCUGGCGGUGAGGACAAGGUUCCUGGCGGUGAGGACAAGGUUCCUGGCUGUGAGGACAAGGUUCCUGCCGGUGAGGACAAGGUUCCUGCCGGUGAGGACGAGGUUCCUGCCGGUGAUGACGAGGUUCCUGGCUGUGAGGACGAGGUUCCUGGAGGUGAGGACAAGCUUUCUGGCGGUGAGGACAAGGUUACUGGCAGUGAGGACAAGUUUCCUGCCGGUGAGGAUAAGGUUCCUGGCGGUGAGGACAAGGUUCCUGGCGGUGAGGACAAGGUUCCUGGCGGUGAGGACAAGGUUCCUGGCUGUGACGACGAGGUUCCUGGCGGUGAGGACAAGGUUCCUGGAGGUGAGGACAAGGUUCCUGGCGGUGAGGACAAGGUUCCUGCCGGUGAGGACAAGGUUCCUGGCUGUGAGGACGAGGUUUCUGGUGGUGAGGGGAAGGUUCCUGGAGGUGAGGACAAGGUUCCUGGAGGUGAGGACAAGGUUCCUGCCGGUGAGGACAAGGUUACUGGCAGUGAAGACAAGGUUCCUGCCGGUGAGCACAAGGUAUCUGGCGGUGAGGACAAGGUUCCUGGCGGUGAGGACAAGGUUCCUGGUGGUGAGGACAAGGUUCCUGGCGGUGAGGACAAGGUUCCUGGCUGUGAUAACGAGGUUCCUGGCGGUGAGGGCAACGUUCCUGGAGGUGAGGACAAGGUUCCUGGCGGUGAGGACAAGGUUGCUGGCAGUGAGGACAAGGUUCCUGCCGGUGAGGACAAGGUAUCUGGCGGUGAGGACAAGGUUACUGGCAGUGAGGACAAGUUUCCUGCCGGUGAGGAGAAGGUUCCUGGCGGUGAGGACAAGGUUCCUGGCGGUGAGGUCAAGGUUCCUGGCGGUGAGGACAAGGUUCCUGGUGGUGAGGACAAGGUUCCUGGCGGUGAGGACAAGGUUCCUGGCUGUGACGACGAGGUUCCUGGGGUUAGGACAAGGUUCCUGGAGGUGAGGACAAGGUUCCUGGCGGUGAGGACAAGGUUCCUGCCGGUGAGGACAAGGUUCCUGGCUGUGAGGACGAGGUUUCUGGUGGUGAGGGGAAGGUUCCUGGAGGUGAGGACAAGGUUCCUGGAGGUGAGGACAAGGUUCCUGGCGGUGAGGACAAGGUUCCUGGCGGUGAGGACAAGGUUCCUGGCUGUGAGUACGAGGUUUCUGGUGGUGAGGGCAAGGUUCCUGGAGGUGAGGACAAGGUUCCUGGAGGUGAGGACAAGGUUCCUGCCGGUGAGGACAAGGUUACUGGCAGUGAAGACAAGGUUCCUGCCGGUGAGCACAAGGUAUCUGGCGGUGAGGACGAGGUUCCUGGCGGUGAGGGCAAGGUUCCUGGAGGUGAGGACAAGGUUCCUGGCGGUGAGGACAAGGUUACUGGCAGUGAGGACAAGGUUCCUGCCGGUGAGGACAAGGUUCCUGGCGGUGAGGACAAUGUUCCUGCCGGUGAGGACAAGGUUCCUAACUGUGAGGACGAGGUUCCUGUCGGUGAGGGCAAGGUUCCUGGAGGUAAGGACAAGGUUCCUGGAGGAAAGGACAAGGUUCCUGGCGGUGAGGACAAGCUUACUGGCAGUGAGGACAAGGUUCCUGCCGGUGAGGACAAGGCUCCUGGCGGUGAGGACAAGAUUCCUGGCGGUGAGGACAAGGUUCCUGCAGGUGAGGACAAGGUUCCUGGUGGUGAGGACCAAGGCUCCUGGCGGUGA